UUUGUGUUUGUGUAGAGAGGUGCGUCUGUGUUGCGCUUGUUGUGAAUGAGUGAUUUGUGUAGUAAAUUUAUACAGUGUCUGAUUUGCAACAAUUGUUGUUGUAGUGUGUAAAAACACAACGCAGAUUGCGAAAAUAGAAUCAACAGUGAAAGAGAGCAGACAACAGCGCAAACUAACCGCAUACUCCGAAGGUAUUUUUUUUACAUUCGUGCGUCUGUCUCCUUUGUUUUGAUGCAUUUAAUUAGCCUGGCAGCUAAAACCAUUAAACAACAACAACUGCUCAGCAUGCGCCAAUAAAAGCAACAAACAAAUGGAUGUUGCUUAUGUAUAGGCAAGCACUGCGCAGACAGACAACAAGUCGUUUAUGCGAAAAAGUUGUAAAUCGUGAUGAACUCAAGGGAAUGCGGAGUUUGUAACACUGUCACAGAUGAGGCUAAAAUUGAAACCAGUUGUAAAACAAGACAUUUAUUGCAAAACGAAAAACACCAAAAUAGCAACAACAAAACAUACCCGAACUAUAAUAAACAAGCGAGGAAUGCAACAACAACAAUAAUCACAUAAAACUUGGCUAGUAGCACAAACAAAAUGAAAUAAUGAAAAAAGAAAAUUGCACAAAAAACGUAAGCUGACUAAAAUAGCGCAAACAAUAGCGAAAGACAAAAGCCUAAACCGCGCAAACAAAAAUUGAAAGAGACCUGAAAUACCAAAAUAAAUUUAGACUCAAACCUAGUUUUUAGCCAAGCCAAGCUCAGCCAAAGCACCGAAAAAACUCACAUAAGAAGAGAGAAACAAAAUUGCAAGUGCAUAAAUGGUAAACAUGAGUAUGCAGCGACGAUGGCACGGCGAUAGGUUUGCGGAGUGACGGCAGCAACUUGCAGAGCGCGUGUUAAAAGUGAACGUUAAGGUGGACUUGAGUGUCUGCUCUGCGAGUUAUGUUGAAUCGCUUUCUUAUGGCGCAACCAGUGACAAAAAACUGGUUUACCAAGCGACUGGAGCACUAAGAGUGGAAAAAGACAAGAAAGCAGCAAAAACAAAGCAUUAAUAAACACUACAAUAGUGGCGGUAGUCAAGCGCCAAGUUAAUACAAGAAAUACAAAAACAAUAACAACGAGAGACACGCGUAAAAAACAUGAAUUACAUGAAAUAUAUGUAUGUAGGAGUACAUAGGCGAAGCGGCAGCACUGACUAACAGACGCUAUUAAAUGUUGAUUGUUGUAAGCAGCACCAACAAACAAAACAGCAACAACGGCAAGAGGCAAACAAAACGCCAAAAGAAAAUCAAAGAGUUAUACAAGCGAUAAGGCAGCGCCAACAACACCAGCAGCAAUAGCGCAAAAGCAUGAGUUAAACCAGCUGCAACAACCACAACAAACAACCACAAACGACUCAAUAGCAGCAGCAGCAGCAACAAGCUCAAGCGCCAUUGAGGCCACGAAAAUCAUACCAACGUACGUACACACCGCACACACACGCGGCAGUCAGUCAGUAAGUCAUCGCGCGAGUUGGCGUGCGGGCGCGUGCAAAUGUCGCGGCGCAACUUGAUUUCAUCGGCCGUCAGUCGAGCAUUGUUCUCUACACCCUUGAAAAUAUACCUUACAUGCAUAAGAGAAGUGAAAAUCCGAAUAUAUUGAAAUAUAACACCCAAAUAAAAUGUAAAAGGAACAUAUAUUGUAUUACAACAAUAAAAAAGCAGCAGAAGAAUUUGUGAAAUUGAAAAAUGACAAAAAGUUUAACAAAUGUUGUAACAAGUGGCGGUCAAAUAACUAAAAAACCCCGAACCACAUACAAAACUACAUAGUUCUACGACACAAACAAGAAUAACAACUCAUGCGUCAGGUUCGAAAGAGAAUUUUUUGUGAUUUUCUAAACUUUUUUUGUUUGUGAAAGUGAUUGCUGUGGCUUUUGAGAUUUCUUUCCGCCAUAAAUCACAUUUUUCACAAAGCAACAUCUCUUUUUUUGGGGGAGCACGCACAAAAAAGCACAACAACAACCAGAACAACAACAUACGAAAUAAAAGAAGUGCGUUUUUAUUACAAACGACUACAAAACAUUCUGAGCGUCGGAGAGUUGGCGACGGCGACAGUGACAGUGACAGCUUUGUCACUAACUUUGCAAACGCGUUGACGAACAACAACAACAAUGGUGAAGUGAUUCUAAAAGAGCAAUAUAUAAGAAAAAACACAACAAACAAAAUAUAAUAACAAAUAUUAAGGCUCCAGCAGUAUCCUGCUGUGGCUAGAUACGUAAACGAGUGUAUCGCAGAAUGCGCAAAGAGAGCAAAUACAACUAAAAUAAUUAAAAUUUUUACAAAUUUCUCAACCAAAACAAGUGGAAUACUACAAACUGUUGCAACAGCUGCAGCAAUAAAAAAUAAAACAACAACAACAGCAACAACACCACCGCAGCAACGUUCCAUAUCAAUAGCUGAGUAGUAGCGAGCAAACCGUGCGGUCUUCCAUUUCCCACAACAACAACAGUAAUAAUAGCGAAACAAUAGCACAUUGACCAUGUCACCACUUGUCAGCAAACUCAGCAAGACCUUCCGCUGGCUGCGCUGGUCCACCAUUUGUGCCAUACUCUUCUACAUGUUCUUCAUCGGGCUGAUACUACACAGCACCACAUACAAACUGCAGCACACGCUUAAAUCGCGGACGGGCAGCGGCGGCGUUGACAAUUCGGCACAACAGGCAGGCGCGCUAAAACAACAAAUGCUGGGCUACUCAAACAAAUAUCUAGUAGAAGCGAAAGAAGCAAUUCUAACGAAAGAAGCGCUACAGCGAAGCAGGCAAAAGAGUGUGGCCGAAAAGGUGGCGGUUUCGGCGGCGUUGCAGGAGCAGUCGAGCGCAGCGAACGGAAAUAAUGUGCUGAAUACACCGCCGGAAGCUGUGUUAGCCACAACAUUUCAACAACAAAAUGUCCUGCAGCGCACGAAUGGCGCUGGUGUUGAACUGUCGCAGCGCGCGGGCAGUGAGAAGAGUACGGCGGCGCGUGUUGCUGCCGCUGUGGCUGGCGGUGGUAUGAGCGCGGGUAGCGCGCGACAAGGCGGUAAAUCUAGCGAACCGGAAACUGUUAUUUUAGCAGCGAGCUCCGUCAACGAGAAACAAAUCCUGGAGAAAGCAUUCAAACGUGCUGAUCGUGAUGGUAACUCCGAGCUGACUAUUCAAGAACUUGGUGUUUAUAUAAAUCAAAAGAUCUUGGAUCAUAUUGAGGAGGCGAUACAAAACAAUCCACGCGAAUUCCAACAUGUUGACAAAUCUCCCGCCGAUGGUUUAAUCACAUGGGAAGAAUAUCAUACCUUCUUUCUAAAAGAACACGGCAUGACCGAUGCGGAUAUUGAUGAACACAAUGAGAUUAAACACACGGCUUUGAAUAGAAAGGCGCGCGAAGAUAUGAUGCGCGACAAGGCACGUUGGUCCGAAGCGGCGCGCACCGAUCUAUUUAGCCUCACAAUAGAUGAAUAUCUUUCAUUUCGACAUCCCGAAUCGAGUAUAUCAAAUUUACUCGAAUUAGUUGAUGAUUUACUGCGACAAUUCGAUCAAGAUGGUGAUGAUACGUUGACGAUCGACGAGUUCUCCGAGGUAAAUGUGGAUGAUGAUGACGAUUUACGUAGAAAGUCGCUCAUCUCACAAACGGUAGUGGAGAGAAGGGCGGAAUUCAAACGAAUUAUUGACAAGAAUAACGAUGGCAAGGCGGAUAGAGAAGAGUUGUUGAAUUAUGUGAAUCCGAAGACGCCGCGUUAUGCGCUGCAAGAGGCGGCAACACUAUUCAGUUUAUGUGAUGAGAACAAGGAUGGACGACUUACGUUGAAUGAGUUAACUGAAAACGCGGAGAUUUUUCUCACCUCAAAAAUGAUCGACACGGCUAAUAGUUUCCACACGGAAUUCUAAAUGCACCGUUGAAGUCAAGUUGUAUUUAUAAGGAAAUGGAGGCUGCCUCUAAUCUGGGGAACUUAAGACUUCAAAAAGUCUAUGUAUGUAAACAGUUAUAUCGGUCUAACCAGAUUGCAGUGUAUAUAAAUCAUGUGAAAAAUUUAGAAAGAGAAUCUGCACAAUUAUUUAACUAUUUCAAUUAGAAUUAUUUGAAUUACUUGGUCAAUUAAUGUAAAUGGAAUUUAUUACGUUUAACUUAACCAAAAUAUUUUGAAUAGAAUAAUCUCAAAAAUGUUAAAAUAAGAAAUUUUUUCUAAUGAAAAUCUGAUUGAAAUUUUAUUUAUUGAUAAAUUUUAUAUACCUAAAAAUAUAUUAUUUAUAUAGAUCAAAUAAAUUAGCAUGAAGUCAAUUCGUAGAAAUAAAAAAAUAAACAAUUUUUAUUGCAGUUUAGUAGAAAAAACUGAAUAUUCAAAUUUUAUUAUAAUUCAAUAAUAUAAUAUUGUAUCAUAAAUAUUUUUGUUAAACAAA